AUGGACUCUCAUUGGAACUUCAAGAACUUUGGAAAUGCCCCAUCAGGACAAGGCAGCGUGGCAAAGCCAUCGGAGGAUCCCCCCUUGGUCCGCCAGUCUUCAGUAUAUUCAUUAACCUUCGAUGAGUUCCAAAAUACCUGGGGUGGUGAACUUCGGAAGGAUUUUGGAUCAAUGAAUAUGGACGAGCUAUUGAAAAACAUAUGGACUGCCGAAGAGACACACGCAAUGACAAGCACAGUUGGUGUCAGUGGAGAAGGAAGUGCCCCAUGUGGGAAUCUGCAGAGACAAGGAUCUUUAACUUUGCCUAGGACACUAAGUCAAAAGACUGUCGAUGAGGUUUGGAGAGACUUGACCAAAGAAACCAGUGGUGGUGCUAAAGAUGGGAAUGGUGGCGCAGGAUCCAAUUUACCGCAAAGGCAACAGACUUUAGGAGAGAUGACUCUGGAAGAGUUCUUGGUGAGGGCAGGGGUAGUGAGAGAGGAUACUCAACAAAUUGGAAGGCCUAGUAAUAGUGGAUUCUUUGGCGAACUAUCACAACUAAAUAACAACAACGCUGGUUUGGCUCUUGGGUUUCAGCAGCCAAAUGGAAACAAUGGGCUUAUGGGGACGCGGAUUAUGGAGAACAACGGUAAUUUAGUUGCCAAUCAGCCUCCUAGUUUAGCACUGAAUGUAGGUGGAAUCAGACCCUCUCAGCAACAAGUGCAGCCACAGCAGCAACAGCAGCCACUCUUCCCUAAGCCAGCAGCAACUGUGGCAUUUGCAUCCCCUUUACAUUUGGCAAGCAAUGCUCAGCUUGCUAGCCCUCGAGUGAGAGGAUCGGUUGCUGGGAUUGCAAACCGAUCUGUGAACAAUGGUCUAGCUCACAGUGGAGGAAUGGGAAUGGUUAGUUUAGCAACCGGAGUUGUUACAGUUGCAGCAGGAUCUCCUGGAAACAGGAUAUCACCAGAUGUGAUAGCAAAGAGUAGUGCUGAUACGUCUUCACUAUCGCCAGUUCCUUUUGUAUUUAGCCGGGGAAGAAAACCUGGCGGAGCUCUGGAGAAGGUUGUUGAGAGAAGGCAGAGGAGAAUGAUUAAAAACAGAGAGUCAGCUGCUAGAUCACGGGCUCGCAAGCAGGCCUAUACAUUAGAGCUGGAAGCUGAAGUUGCAAAACUUAAAGAAGUGAAUGAAGAAUUACAGAGAAAACAGGCUGAAAUAUUUGAAAUGCAGAAAAAUCAGUUCUUAGAGACAAUGAAAGCGCAAUGGGGAGGGAGCUAUGCGUCAGCUACGGAACUGAAUGUUGGUCAGCGUAGCCAAGGUAUUAAACCAGAUGUUGGGAUGAAUAGCCAAAGCACAGUUUAA